GUGCUGACUAACUUUCUAUCUCGUGUUGACAGAGAGACAGGACCUGUAAGCACGUAUACAACUCUCUCAUACACCUCUAUUCAGCCUCCAGCUCUGCACCUGCUGCUCUGAACCAAGCACACUGACAGAUCGGAUGGCAAACAGGUCGACUAUAUAAGAUCAGGAGACUGGAAUCAGUCAGUCAAACAGCUCCGUCUGCUCAUCUACCUGUGCAGGUUCACCCAAACCACAGAUGUGUAAGGGGCUCUCCUCCCUGCCCUCCUCAUGCCUGGGGAGGGCUAAAGACCUGCGGGUGAAGCUGAGCCAUCUGGCCGAGGCGCACAACAAACACAAGUUUCAGGAUGGAAAAGCUCUGCAGGACCUGGAAACUCUGCUGAUCAACAAAAGCGGUCUGCAGGCGUUUCGUGGCUUCCUGCGUUCAGAGUUCAGUGAGGAGAACCUUGAUUUCUGGCUGGCCUGUGAGGACUACAGGGUUUCUCCUUCAACCAUGCAGAAGAUCAAGUCCAGCAGCAUCUACAACCAGUUCAUCAACCCUGACGCUCCACAGGAGGUAAACCUGGACGCUGAGACCCGAGAGGCUCUGCUGAGUGUGACGGAGUCUCCGUGUGCAGAAACCUUCAACCAGGCGCAGCAGAGGAUCUACAACCUGAUGGCCAAAGACUCCUUCCCCCGGUUCCUGCGCUCCCCGCACGCCAUGAUCACCAUUAAAGCUUUCUAAACUCACUGUUUAUCACCACAGAUCUGCUUUAGAAAUAGCUGCUGAUUCAUCUGUGCUGCUUGACAUGUUGGUUGUGUUUUACUGUGUCCUGUCUGUAUAAUGCAUGCUGGUAUUUAGUUGUAGCUAAAAACAUAGAAACUAUUAUGAAGCUUACAUAUAGAUGCAAUUCCACUUAGCCUCCAGACUGUAUAAGCUUCAAGUGACAUCCUCAAAGGAUUUAAAUAAAUACCUCAUUAAAGACGA